GCUCUCUCUCUCCCUCCGUUCGUCGCGCCGCCCAACUCUGCUCGGCGACCGGCGGCCACCUCCCGCGAACUCGGCGUCAGUCACCGGCGGGAAGGUUCUGAUCCGAGAUUCGUCCGGGUUGAUUGGUAUCUCAGGCCGCGUGUCGGGGACGCCAUGGAGGAGGACGCCGAGGGCAUGGACCGCCUCGACAUGGACGGCGACUUCGUGGGCGGCCGCUUCGGCCGCGACGGGGAGUUCUACUACGAGGCCCGCCGCGAGCGCGCGCCCCAGACCCGCGACGACGCCCUCUACGGCGUCUUCGCCGACGGGGACUCCGACUACGACUCCGAUGAGGACGAGGCGUCGCGCCGCCGCCGACGGUUCAAGCGCCGCAGGGACGAGGCCGAGCCUGACCUCACCAGGCCCGUGCAGUUCGUCUCCAAGGGCGUCACUGACCCCCAACAGCCCGACGAGCCGGAGGAGGAGCAGCGGCAUGGGCUUGGCCAGGCUGCGUCCUCCUCGCGCACCGCUGCCGUCGCAUCCGAGGAGGAGGACCAGGAAGAAGGGUACAUCGACCUGCCGACGGGGUUCGGGCAGCGGAUUGCCGAGGGUGCGCGCGCGAGGCGGGAGGAGAAGGAGCGGCAGGAGGAGUCAGCCAAGCGCCGCCGCAAGGCGCAGUCGGCAGGGUUUGAGCCUGGGAAACCUGCACCGGCCCCUGGGAGCCUGGAGUCCAACGCGAAGGUGGCCAAGAUGAUGGCUAUGAUGGGGUACAAGAGAGGGGAAGGCCUAGGCAAGAAUGCUCAGGGAAUCACCGCGCCGGUGGAGACCACCUUGCGCCCCAAGAACGCCGGGCUCGGCAGCGUCGAGGGGUUUAAGGAGCCCAAAGCGUUCACCCCCAAGGAGAAGCUGCCAGCCCCGCCGCCUCCACCGCCUGCCAAGAAGGAAAAACAACGGUGGUCCAAGAAGGCCAGCGUGAAGAAAGAUCAGGUCAUGACGAAGAAUGAGCUGCUGGCGAGGCGUGCCGAGCAGGAGCAUGACGAGCAGCCUGCGUUUGUCCAGAAGGUUAUUGACAUGCGUGGGCCUCAGGCUCGUGUGCUGACGGACCUGAAGGGUCUCAGUACUGAACACGAGAUGGAGGCAAAUGACGUGCCGAUGCCGGAGUUGCAGUACAAUGUGCGGCUGCUUGUUGAGGAGACUGAGGCUGAUAUUGUCAGGUUGGAUGGGCAGCUGCGGCGGGAGCAGGAGAAGGUUGCUAGUUUGGUGCGCGAGAAGGAGAAAGCAGCAAAGCAGGAGGCUUUGCAGAAACACCAGCUGCAAGUUAUGGAGGCAAUUGCCGGUGUGCUGGAGCAGGUCCGGGUGGAUGACACCACUGGUUUGCUCACUCUGGGAGGCUUGCUUAAGACCUUCCAGGAACUGAAGCUGAGCUAUGAGGAGGAGUUCAAAAUGUGCAGCGUUGCAUGGGUUGCUUGCCGAUUCGCGCAUCCGCUGUUGAUCCGGGUCUUUCAGGGGUGGCAGCCGCUGCAGAAUCCGUCGUUUGGCUUGGAGGUCAUGUCAUCGUGGAAGGAUCUGCUGCAGGGAGACCAGCCAUACGACUUCUCAGAUGCUACUGAAUCAAUGGCUCCAUAUGCGCAGCUGGUCAGUGAGGUCAUCCUACCAGCUGUGAGGAUAUCAGGAACUAAUUCAUGGGAGGCUAGGGAUCCGGAACCAAUGCUCCGCUUUCUCGAAUCAUGGGAACGGUUGCUGCCCCCUAUCGUGCUCCAUUCAAUAUUGGAGCAUGUGAUCAUGCCAAAGCUCACAGCUGCAGUCGACUCUUGGGACCCGCGGAGGGAGAAGGUACCAAUCCAUGUAUGGGUGCACCCAUGGUUGCCUACUCUAGGGCAAAGGAUAGAGACAUUGUGCCACUCUAUUCGGUACAAGCUGAGUAGCGUCCUCCAUGUAUGGCAAGCUCACGAUUCAUCAGCUUAUGCUGUUCUAUCCCCAUGGAAGGGUGUAUUUGAUACGGCAAGUUGGGAAGACUUGAUACUGCGCUAUAUCGUUCCUAAACUGCAAAUGGCACUCCAGGAGUUUCAGAUCAACCCAGCAAGCCAGAAGUUCGAUCAGUUUAACUGGGUUAUGAUUUGGGCUUCUGCUGUCCCGGUGCACCAUAUGGUCCAUAUGUUGGAAGUUGAUUUCUUUAGCAAGUGGCAGCAGGUCCUCUACCACUGGCUGUGUUCACCGAAUCCGGAUUUCAAUGAGAUCAUGAAUUGGUACAAGGGCUGGAGGGGGCUUUUCCCACCAGAGUUACUUGCUAAUGAGCGCAUACGGAUGCUUCUAACGUCUGGUCUUGAGAUGAUGAACCAAGCUGCGGAAGGACUUGAGUUGGUGCAGCCAGGGGCAAGGGAGAAUGUGGGCUUUUUGAGAGCAACAGAGAAGCGGCAAUUUGAUGCAGCACAGCAAGCAUCACACCGUGCUGUGCCAGGAGCAGCCAUGUCAGAUAUGAGCUUCAAGGACUCUAUUCAGGAAUAUGCAGUUGACCAAGGUUUGCUGUUUAUGCCUAGGGUUGGCAAAUUUUAUAAGGGCAUGCCAGUGUAUGAAUUCGGCACAGUGAGUGUUUGCAUAGAUUCCGCCAAGCGACUACUCUAUGCGCAACUACAAGAGGGAGCUGAACGGUGGAGUUCUGUGUCUCUUACGCAAUUGCUGGAAAUGAACAGGAUGGCGAGACCACGCUAGGAGAUCAUCUAUAGCUUGGCAGUUUCAUGUGAUCGAUUUUUCCUGCCGCGUAGGUAGUCUUCAAGUGGUUUUCUCCAAAAAAAAAAGAAGUCUUCAAAUGUGGCUUGUGAGCAUUGUUGUAAAAUUAUAGAAGAAAGUUUUGAUGAUGUAUCUGAAUGUGAUUUUCCACAUUUCAACAUGGAACUCGGGUGUUAUUGCCCUAGAAUGAAUAGUUGAUGCAGAACUGUUUCUAGCUA